AUGUCAACGGAAGCAUUAACGGCAACUGAUGCAGUUGCUAAUAAUGAAAUGAAUCCGACUGCAGCAAUCAACAAUGAUCAAUUAGAAGCAUCAGAAACAAAUGGCUUGUCGCAUUCAAAUGGAACCAAUACAAAUAUUGGAAAUUUCGAAUCAUCAUCCGAAGGGCCAACAGAACCAACGAAGAACACAUAUGAUGAUGAGAGUAGUCAGCCAGCAAUCAAUAAAAGUGAUUUAGAACCAGAAGCACUUCGAAAAGUUUUCAUCGGUGGUUUAUCAUAUAAAACAGACGAUCAAACUUUUCGAGAUUAUUUUUCAAAAUAUGGAGAUAUAGACGACUGUAUUAUAAUGCGUGAUCGUGAUAAUCGUUCUCGAGGUUUUGGUUUUGUUACUUAUUUAUCUUCAUCGAUGGUUGAUCGAUUAAUGGCUGCUCGCCCACACGUCCUAGACUCACGCGAAAUAGAACCUAAACGAGCGAUACCUAGAGAAGAAAGUGGAAAACCAGAAUCGUCCCUAAGUGCUAAAAAAUUGUUUGUUGGUGGAAUACGAGAAGGAACCCUAAAUGAAGAUGAUCUAAAAGAAUACUUUUCGAAAUAUGGUAAUAUUGUUCAAACUGUAAUUAUGAAAACAAAUGAAGGCAAAUUUCGAGGCUUCGGAUUUGUUGAAUUUGAUGACUAUGAUCCAGUCGAUAAAAUCGUUCUUGAAAAGCAUCAUGUUGUCAAAGGCAAUCCCGUGAACGUCGAAAAAGCUCUACCAAAAGAUCAGACAGCGCGUGGCCGAAUGGCACAAUCUCAAUAUGGUGGCUCAGGGGGUGGUGGUAGCAGCGGCGGUGGCAUGCGCGGACCGUCCUCACGAAUGGGCGGUGGAGGAACUGGCGGCAGUGGUGGAUGGGGUCCUAUGGGUGGUGGACCAAACUAUGGAGGAGGUGGUAGCGGUAACGGCGGCUAUCGAUCAGGUGGCGGCGGCGGUUACGGAGGCGGUGGAGACUAUAAUAGUCGGCCUCCGCCAUAUAGUGGUGGCUAUGGUGGCGAUAUGGGCGGUAAUGGUGGUAUGAUGGGCUUUGGUGGAUCUGCACCAAUGGGUGGAGACAACUAUGGAAUGGGUGGAGGUGGCCGAGGUGGUUAUGACGAAGGUAAAUCAAAAUCAUCUCUCCAAAAAAAAAUUAAUUCUAUAAAUAUAACUGAUAUUUUAAUAGGCUUUGGAGCUUUUGGUCAACCGUCAGGAUUUGGCUUUGGUCAGAAUUAUGGUUCGUCGUCCGGUGGUGGCCCUAUGCGUCGUGGAGGUGGAGGCCGAGGCGGCAGUGGCGGUGCACCCUAUGGGCGCGGUGGGGGCCGUGGGGGUGGCAGCGGUGGUGGAUUCCGUGGUCGCAGUCAACAAUAA